GUAUGGGAAGUAGAGGCACGGACGGGGUGAGGAAGGCGAAGAGUGAUGCAUGGCUUUAGGCUCGAAGGAGGUCCUACGGUGGCAGGCCACGCCGCCCCCGAAGGUGUUCCCGGCGGAUUCCCGGUGCUCAUGUCGAACCGCUCUCUGUGUCCGCAGUGGUCGCGCCGCCGCGCCCCAGCCUACCCCGCCGGUCCAUCCAUGAAGAACUCGGCGUUUGCGGUGGACCCGUGCCCGAGGGACCUGCUUGGCAAGCAGUGGCUCUUCAUGCACAUGUCUUCCCACUACCGUCGCAUGUGCUCGGCGCAGAGCGUCGUGGACUCGGCGCCCCCCGCGUCGCUUCGCUCCCGCGCACCACGUUCCGCCAGGCGCCCCAGGCCGCACACGGCCGUGGACCACUGCGCCGACGGCCUGCUCACGCCCGCGGCCACCCCCAGGGCCACGUCGGCGUCGUGCUCGACCAAGCCCGCCCCCGCCGCGCUGCUCCUGCACGUCCCCGUCGCUCAGCAGGUCCUGCAGCGGCAGUCGGUCAGGGCGGAGAGGUCCGCCCAGUUCAGGCACCCGGCGCGGCUCAGUCAGAAGCCCUCUCGCGCGGACACGGACCCCGGCCCGGGAGCGGCCGCCAGGGUCAGCGCCAGGGUCUCCAUCGGCUCCAAGGGGCUGGACGGACGGGCGUCGGCGGCGUCGGCGUCCUCGCGUCGCCAGUUCGAGUACAACGCGAGCGUCCUACAGAAACCACCAAGUCUCGCUAGGCAUCGGCGUCGAGACGUCGAGAAACAAGGGACUUAUUAUGAUAAGUUAAACCAGUUGGUCCCUGACCAUACCCCACAACGGUCAGGACUACGAACUAGUGGCCAGAUUCUAUCUGAGGUGUUCACUCCACGAGUGCCCCACAAACCUCAGGUGCUGAGGACAGAAGUGCCAAGUCGACUUCGAUUUAGCAACACAUAUUGCCCUCCAAGAUCUAAAUCCCAUAGAGUGAAGACAGUAGCCGGACAAUCCAUAAGCAAGGAUGCAGAACAGUCAGUUUGGACGCCAUCGCAGACCAGUCCCCCCGUUUCUAGCCGUGAUUCAGCUUACAAUGGGGGAAUUUCAUCAGGAGGUGAAAGCAGAGGGCCUACUCCUGACCACAAAGGCACUAAAAAACAAGCAAAAAAGGCUGAACGGAAAGGUAAAAGGAUGGUUGAUCAUAAACCAACACACUCAAUAGAUUCCAAACCUCAAAGAAAGUUUGAAAAGAAGUUAAUGAACAAACUCUUAGAAGAAGAGAGAAAUGAAAUUCAAGAACAAAGACUUAAAAUAGAUCCAUGGCAUGGGAUAAGUCAAGAUGACCAUGGGGAUGAGAUUUUAAGAAAUAUUCAAAACUUGCAUAUAGACAGCAAUGAAGAAUACAGCUCAAUAGAACAUGGCAGUCCUUUAAAUGAUGGGAGCGCAUCAGACCAGUCCAUUGAGGAAGACAUGAUGGGGGAGGUGGACGAGGCUGUGGAAGUAGAAACAAACAAGGAUGAUGUUCAGGACUCACUUGAAAGAGAUAUGGUUUCUGAAAGUGCUGGAUCAGAAGAAACUUUUUCACACAGAAGAUCAUUCUCUACUUCAGACAAGCAGCAAGCUGGAACACAAACACCUGACAUAGUUAUUGUGAAGAACAAUAAUCAAGAUCACUUUUUGAAGAGUACAAAGAAACACAGUGUUUCAUCCUCACAUUCUGUUACAUCCUCAAGUGCAACUGAGAAGAAUUUAAGCUCACAACACCCUAGUCAUGACUACUCAUCAAGAUCACAGUCUGUAAAAACUUCAACUUCUGAGGCUGACAUUGCAUUUCAGGUUCCUGCUGCUGAAAUCAAUGAGCUGAAAACUUCUGAGGCAACGCAAGACAAUUCUGAAAAAAAUAAGAAAGAGCAAGGAAACAACAAAAUUCCAUCAAAAAGCAGGUGCAGUAAAGUGUCACUUGCCAAGUUUUUAUAUGAUUUGGCAAAAGCUGUAGCUAGAGAAAAGAUUGUCACAGACAAAGGUCUAAAGGCAGUAUAUGAUGAGCACAUAGCAGCAAACUGUGAUAAAUUAGACAAAGAAGAAAUGGAAGAGCAAGUUAAAAAGUUUCACACUCAGUUAGAAAUAUCUAUGGAAAAUUACCUAGGUCAUGAAAUUCACUGCCCAGAUGCUUCAAAGAUGCAUACAUCGUUGAAAACUGAUGCAAUGAGAGGACCUCUUGAUGUAGAAAAUUUAUCUCCCUUAAUGUCUGAACCUGAUGAAAUUUGGAAAAAUUUUGUCCUUCAACACAAAUUAUCACAAGCCAAUAAUGCCCAACCCUUGCACACGCCUAUAAAGUGUAAUAAGCUUGGUUUAGUUUUCACAAAGUUUGAAGAUCGAACUAGUUUGUCUCAUGAGCCUGUAAUUGCAGCUGAUGAUGAGUUGACUGGACAACGAAAUGUUCAUGAAAAGCAAUUCCUUUAUUUGCCUAUUGAAGGACCGAGAAUAGAGUGUAAACAAAAAUCAUUAUUUGAACUGCACGACUCAAAAAUUGGAGCAGCAUUACAAAUAGAUUCCGAAGACACUGAGAAGCCAAUUUUGGAGGAAAGUAAUACUGAGGAAAGUAAUAAUUGUGGAGAAGGGGCUGCAAUUGCUUGCAACGUAGGAUCAAGUUUUCUGAACUCUCUUAGAGCAGAAGAAUCCAUAAAAUUCGACACUCCAUCUCCUCUUUCCAGCAACAAUUCAAUCAAGAGCCAUCUUCCACAUAGUCUUUUAACAGGGGAGGAAAAUCUAACCAAAAAUAAUUUUAGUUCCACCUCACCAACAAUAGAAAUCAUGCCAAGCAGUAUUCAAAACUUGCAUGGCAGAACAGGUGAUUUAGAGAAAUUCCAAUUUGAAAAUCCUGCACGAAUAGAGUCCUUCAAGGAGUCCUGGCUAAAUGGAAAAUCUGUUGUAAAUAUUGAAAGUGUCCAACAGGCAAAUUUUGAGGACAGAAAGCUGGUACCACAAGUAAGUACUAUUCGCUUAAUACAAGAUUCAAAAGUGGAUUCUAAAUUUGACAAGCAAAUUGGAAAGAUAAAACCAGAUUGCAAAUGUAAAACUGGAGAAAAGAAUACUGAGGCCAGACAUAAUUCAACUCCAGAAAGUAGAGACACACCUCUUGUUUUCCUUUACUCUAAAAAGUCACCUGUCAUUGAUGGUAGUCAAUUAAAAAGUAAAAUCUCUAUCAAUGAACAUGACACUGAUGAAAAAGAAAUUGACAAAUCAAUUUCAAAUAUCUGCAAACUUGACUUGGAGAAUAAGUGUGUUGAUACAAUCACUUCCCACAGUAUUCAUUCAGAGUUGCCUCUAGGAACAGGUGUGAAUUCUGAUAUCAUGCGCCAUGAAAUCAGCUUAAAACACCCUGUGAAAGGUCCAGUGUAAAUUAUGAAAAUUGUAUUUACCUAUAUGUUAUUAAUCAAUGACAUUGUAAAUUCUUCCCUUGUAAAAAACAAAGAAGGAAAAAUGUUUGUGCAUAAAAAUUCCAGAUGUAUGUGAUUGCAUCUGAAGUCUUGUUGACUGUAUUUUGUAACUGUGAUCAAAGAAAUAAAUUAAGUUACCUGUGCUUUAAUCUAUCACA